CUCCUGGUCUGCAUCGGUCCUGCCCUGGUCUGAACUUGGGCGGACAGGACCAGCGAGCGACCCGGUACAUUCGCUGCUCCCGCACUGCCUCCGACAUCGCUUCGAUCGGGCAUCAUAUGCAGGCAUCAGUAACGCCGCCGCCGCCGUCGUCGCUGCUCCCUGGUCUUGGCCAGAUCGCAUGUGUUGUUGAUGACGAAGACACCGGCGAGCCAUACAUGGCCUGGUCCGAAUGCCUGGGGCCGUUCUCGAGCUGGAAUCUCUUUCUGAUUGCAUGUGGCAACCAGGCAAUCUUCCAGCUCGAAGGCGAUCGCAUGGCAGAUACAGGUCGAGGAGAUCGGCCUGUGAUCGACCAGACGACGGCCCAAAUCCGUGAAGGUCUCCGAAAUGGCGAUGUCGUGUUCCGAUCGUCCGAGAGCAAGCUUGUGGUGGGACGGAUGAGCAGGCAACCAACGGAGAUUGCGAUGCAUGCCGUGCCUGCAGCCCAGUCUGGGGAACUCUCAAGGAGGCUUCUGGUGCAGGUUCUGGGCAGAGUGGCUGCGAGCGAGUGCGGCGACACGGACAACAACGAGCGACGAGCAGCAGCACACCAGGGCUGCUCAAGGCAAGGAUCGAGCGAAAUUGAUGCACUGAGACGAGAAAACGAGCGGCUUGAGCGGGAGCUGGCCAGGGAACGAACGAUGAACGGCUCCUACAGUGCCGCAUCGAUGACAUCGCUGCGAAGCCAGGCGACAUCCAAGCGACGCCCGGUUCGUCCACCGGCUGCGAGCCUGGUCAAUCCCAGGACCAAGAUGACCAAAGCCCGCGGCACCGAGUUCGGCAGCGACAGCGAGGCGGACGGCUGACUUUCCGAGUGACGGGGGCCGUUCGUGCCGGAGGAGGAUUUGAGCUGGGCGGGGCUGGAGCAGGGCGUCGCAUGAGUCAUCUCCAAGUGCAAGAAAAUCGACUGUCCGCUCAACCGUCUGUCAGUCCGCCUUGGUGCGGCGAGUUGCGGCAGAACGCAGCAUCGUUGAGAGCAUUUGUCCGCGGGGCGGUUUGCAUGGCGAUCGUUGCUGGUGCGGUCUCGUCGCCGUUGGGGCCGGGUCGCUGCUGUUUCGCUGGGGGGGAGGCGACGCAGCCAGCAUCAGGACAGCUCCGAGUUGGCAUCAUGAUCGUUCAGGCGGUGCAUGGGUUGUCGCGGCUCUGGGGGUGUGCUGCUGCGGUAUCGCCGGGCUCCUAUCGCAGCGAUAGCGUCCUGGUGCAGCGUCUUCGUCAGGCGGGAUCCCCGUUGG